CUGGGCCUCCCACAUGUAGGCCGGUGACGUGGUACUUGAGCUAAGGCCGAAGGAGCCCGGGGAAUCCUCAGUCGACGGAAGGCCACGGUCAAGAUGCUGGACAAGAUUCUACUGCAGGCAGCGCUGGCGGUGCUCGUGGGCGCUUAUACCCAUCAGGUUCCCCCCGACUUCCAUCUUUUGCCUUAUGUCUAUCGCCACUCCCCCUUCCAAGCCCCGCCCACUACAUCCUACACCCACUUCAAUGCUUUCCAAGCCCCGCCUACUUUCCAUGCCCCGCCUACUUUCCAAGCUCCGCCUACUUUCCAUGCCCAGCCUACUUUCCAUGCCCCGCCUACUUUCCAUGCCCAGCCUACUUUCCAUGCCCAGCCUACUUUCUUGGCCACGCCCCCUUUCCCCGCCCCAUUAACAGUACAGAGCAGCGUCCGUUCUCCUUCUCAGUACCAGAAGAUCUAUUCAAAUCCGUGGCAGUUUCUGACGCCGGUGUCCAGGAGCGAGAGCCAGAAUCUGCCGUGUCCCAGCCAAGGUUUCUACGCCCAUCCCUCCAACUGCUCGGCCUUUUACAGGUGCGUGGACUACAUAGGCACUGGGGAGUCCUUCGCCAGGUACCUGUUCUUGUGCCCCUCCGAUCACGUCUUCGCUGAAGAGGCCAGCACCUGCAUCCCGGGAGACUGCAGCAGUGAGAGCCCCGAGUCUCCGGCACCAGGAGAAUCUGUAACCGACGCUCCUGCAGUGGUUGAACCUGCAGUGCCGACAGAAAUGGUAUUACCGAGCUCUGUGGAACCGUCCACAGUAGGACCUGCCGUUCCUGACACCGUGGAACCAUCCACAGAAGAUCCGGUAGAACCUGCCGUUCCUGACUCCGUAGAACCAUCCACAGAAGAUCCACUAGAACCUGUCGUUCCUGACGCCGUAGAAACAUCUACAGAAAAUGCAGUAGAACCUGCCGUUCCUGACUCCUUAGAACCAUCCACAGAAAAUCCAGUAGAACCUCCCGCCCCUGACUCCUUAGAACCAUCCACAGAAAAGCCAAUAGAACCUACCGCCCCUGACUCCUUAGAACCAUCCACAGAAAAUCCAGAACCUGCCGUUCCCGACGCAGUAGAACCAUCCACUGACUCUCCUGUGGAACAAACGACUGCCUCUCCAUCGCCUGUGGAACCAUCGGCUGAGAACCAGGAAUGUACAAGAUUGUUCAUCCAGCACGCCAAGUACUGUAACGUGUACUACCGGUGUGACGAGCCUAAGACCUUGUACAUGUGCCCCGGCGGGACUGCCUUUGAUCAGAGCCGGCAGAUGUGUCGCAUAUCUGCUCAUGACGAAGGCUUGUGCGCAGGCCUCGAGAUCAUGCACACCCUUCAGCGGAUGGCCUUGUACAACGGCCACUUUCUCCUCCUUCCUUCUCCCCUCCUGUUCUGAAGUCGUCGAAAAGGAAGACGAAAAGGAGGACGAAAAGGAGGGAGAAAAGGGACAGAGGAAGUCUUGACGAAUAUUCCCUAUCGUGAUGCGAGAGACACAUGGAUUUUCGGCCAUUUUAGAAGCCUUUACGAUUGUUGUGUUUUUGUGAUGAGAAAGAUGAGGUAAUUUUGGCAAUGCUAGAUUUUCCUUUCUUUCAUUGAAGGGAUUAAUGUUAUAAUAAAUCUAAGAGGGGAAUUUUAUCCUCACGAAAAAAGUGAACAUAGCAAUUAAGUUUUCGUUGAGAAGAAUCAUGUGUUCUUUGCAAUGUCCAAGGUGUCAUGUUAGCCAAUGAUGAAUUGUGUUGUUUUUAAAAGCAAUCUCACGUGGAUAAUGUUAUUGUUAUCAUGCUAUAUCUAUGACUAAGGUGGUAUAAUACAGCUGAAUUUAUUUAUCUAUUUAUUUGCUAUCACAGUUCUCAUUUUCUUCUGUGUUAUAUUGAAUCCUUUAUGCAAGGGAACAUUCAGCUGUUAGAUACCCUUAAUAAUAUAUUUAUCUAACAUGUAAUUUAUUUCUUGUAUAAUUAAAACCCGACUACAUGUCAGGAGGAAUAAAAGGUGCAAUAAAACUCA